AUGUUUAUGACCGUGCCUGUCGAGGAGCUAGUGCGCUCGCAGAUCCUCUUCCGCUUUGUUGAAGAAGAAGGCGGUUUAAUAUACGAGAUACGACCCCUCCCUGACACAAUGCGACCACCCAUGUCGUUGGCGUCGUCAGGAACGUCCCUGAACUUUCAAACUACGCUGGAUGAUGAUGGCCGUGGACGUGGAUUAUGCGUUUUCGCGACUAUGAACCUCCAAGAUAAUACCGUGACCCCCGACUACACCUCAGGUUUACAUCCCGUCGCGCUCGAUGUACCAGACAACCAUGCCAUGUCCGCGAGUAUCGGUGUUGAUGCAAUGCAUGGAUGCGCUUCUUGGGGAUCUUCCAACCAUUCGGCCAUGGAUUGCGACUCCGAUGUGCAGGGCUUGAUUGGGUACCACCACGCUCUCGGCUUCCCGGUACCAAUGCAUACAAUGCCAGCCACCGACACUCUGCAUGCGUCGCUGAACUCCGCUGAACUAGCUACUCUAUUGUCCGAUUUGAGCGGCGACCUAAACGACUACGACUCCGCUACCUUAGCGGACUUUCCCCGCCGCCUUCUGAAGUAG